GUCCCGCUCCGAUCGUUACAGCGGCCGCACGCGCACGCCGCGCCAUGACUCGAUUACUGUUCGCUCUUCUAGCGCUCGCCGCUAUCGCAGCCGUUACCGCCGAAACGCCGCGACCUCGACUUAUAGAUUUUAACCCCUGGUCCUGGCUUCCCAACAAUCGAAAUAAAUCCCCAUCCAUUAUGGACUAUUUUUUUCCACCGUCAAGAACCCCUAAACAAUCUUUGUUAGACCCACCUGCUGACAGACAACCACCCACCGUACAAACUACUAUGGAUGACUCCCCAACGAUGACGACCCUUCAAGAACGUCCUACGACGCUAAGUAGAAAAUCCCAUAAUAAAGUAAAAACUACCGCGUCCGCUAUCCGUCCAACUGCAUCCACGCCCCCGAAAACAAAAAAAACGACACAUAAAAACGUCGCUACCGAAACUACUAUCGCUUCAAAAACGACGCAAACAUCGAAAAUUGAAACCUCCCCACCGACCACUAGCAUCGUUACCGCUACGGUGAAACCGCCCAAACGCUACACCAUCCGCCCGAUACGGACGACGGAAACUCCGGUAGUUCAGGAAACCGAGUCCACGGUCAACACAAACAGCGACAGUACGGAAACUGUUGUAGGUAUUGAUACAUCGGGAACAACGAUCGAAGUAACGAAAGAUACAGCUCCAACUUUGAGUACAGCCGCUGAUACGCGGUCUACAGAAGGUACAGCCAGCACGGGCAUGGAGUCGACGACGUUGUUCGAGAGCACUGUAACGGAAUCAGCGGACAGUCGUGAGGGCUACUUACCAUUGCGGGACAAGCCGCAGCAAACUCACGUCAAGAUCAACGAGCAAACGAAUAAAGAGACGGUUCCUUUGCCGGCGGGUUCUACUUCGGUGCUAGCGAAGCCGACAAAGUACCACUACUACCCUCACAAUCAACACAUCUAUUUACUACCGGAAUGCGCUAUUCAACAGGUGUGCAACGCAGUAUACGUGCGUUUGAAUUACACCCAGCCACUUUGCGCUUGCCCCGCCAGGUACAGGGACCCGUGCUCAGCGAGUUUGAACGCAGACGACCUGCAUACCACGCGACUCACUACAGAUUCCAAAAAGAAGUACGCUAAAAAAGCAGUCACAUUGGUGAAGACUUGCGAAGCCGUGUCUGAGAUGCGAGAAUGCCGAGCUCCGAGGGACUGGUCACUUUUAGCACUUCAGAACAUCCGGACUGGCAAGUCACACUAUCUGGUAAUUUGCCGAUGUCCCGAAACUCAUAUACUUGAAGGGCCGAUGUCUCACGAUCAGCCGACGUAUGCGUCUGUACCAGGAAUUAGAGUUUACGGCAUGAUGUGCGUCCGCCAGACAACUUCUUAUCACACCGGUUUUAAUUCGAACAGAUACACAUCGGGCGUCCAGAGCACCACAAGCACGUACAAAGUAGACUACUCUCAACCUCACUCAUACGUCGAUAAGCCCGUCUACAACCGAUACCAGACACAUAGCUACUCGGACUCAAACUACUACAAUAGAAGGUCUAGAGCCUCGCGCGUGAGGCGAAUGACAUCAGAAUACCCCCCGUUCCCAUGGUAUAAAGUAAAAGAAUUGGCGCGAGCAUUACAUUGGAUCAAUUAAGAAGAAAUUAAUCGUAUUGUUACGGAAAAGUAGGUUGGUUUCAAGAUGGCCGUACAAUUACCGCCUCGUUGAAUUCAACGAAGACUUUAAACGAUACAUUUAAUUUCAAAACGCUUCUAGCUUUCUUAUACCAGUUAUGUGAUUAAGUCUGAUUCAUUUAAAUUACAUCGUAUGAAAAAUAAUCAGCUGCUGAAUACUCGAUACGCAUUUAAUAGACAUUAAUAACAUUUUGUACCUUUUCCAGUACUACAUUAUAUAACUUAGGCUCUAAUAAA